AUGUCCACUGUUCCUGCAACAACCAAUUCGAAACUUAACGAAGAAAAAAGAAAGGAGAUAUUUAAAAUACCCAAAUUUUUGAAGUACAUAAGAAAGAGAAGUUCGGCUUCCAACACGCCCGAGGCACUAAAUCCUAUUACAACUGAAAUUUCUAAUCCACCUGAGGCGGUUGAGUCCCUUCGCAAGUAUGAAACAGAACAAGAACAAGCACAGAAAUUUCUAGAUCGUGUGGGCCAGAACUUCAGGUGGCCUGCAUCGAUGGAAGAUUGCGUCAGAGCCACGGUUUUCUUUUACUUGGCUGACGAAUCUGCCUUGAAAUUUGACGAUGAAACAGCUUUCAAUCUUAUCUUCUUCUUUGACAAUCUCGAUAAAGGAACAUUUGAUGAAUAUAAGGAUAGCUGGGUCAAAGAACUAGAGGACCUCGAACAAGAAAUGCCCGGUGCAGUAUAUUUGCCAGUUGAUAAAUCGCAUCUUGAUAAUCUUAUGAAAUCUCAGCCAGCGAAGACAGUAUCUGUUCAACGUGUUAACCGAGAACACAUG